AUGACCGAAUCUAAGAAGAAGUGUCGUCAGUAUAGUGUUGAAUAUUUAAAAUUUGGUUUUCUUCCAUCACAGGCAGACAAACGGUUGCCCACAUGCAUUUUAUGCAACAAAGUUUUGGGCAAUGACUCCAUGAAACCAUCAAAGCUGGAAGAGCACCUAAGAAGGUGUCAUCCAGAUAAAAAAGAUAAAGAUUUAAAAUAUUUCCAAACAUUAAAAGAAAAAUAUGAAAAAAGACCCACCGUGCACAGUAUGUUUGCUUCAACGUCUGAAAGCAAUGAUGAUGGCUUGCGGGCAUCUUACAAUAUCUCGUUACUCAUAGCAAAAUCUGGAAAACCGCACACCAUUGGAGAACAGUUAAUUUUACCUGCUGUUGAAGAGGUCUUAAAAACUGUUCUGCACAAAUCUUCAUUAGACAUACUCAAAAAAAUUCCGUUGAGUAACAACACUGUACAAAGACGUAUUGAUGAAAUGAGCUCUGAUGUUGAAAGUUUCUUGUGUGAUUAUCUGCAAACAACUCAUUUUUCUAUUCAACUGGACGAGUCAACUUUACCUGGCAACGAAGCAUUAUUAUUGGCAUAUGUUCGAUUUGUUAUGGGCGAAGAAAUCCAUGAAGAGCUACUAUUUGCAAGAACUUUGAAGACGGACACUAAAGACAUGGCGACCGUGACAGGACCAAAAAUAAUUUACUUCGAAAACAACAAAGGAAGGAAAGAGGAAAAUUCGAAUUGGAAGACUGGAAAAACGGAGCGAAUAAAUCUGACUGCCAAAAAGACGAAAGGAAUGCCCCAAAGAUUGCCGAGGACCAUUUGAGAGUCCAUUCUGCGAAUCAAGGACCAGCGCCGGUGCCCCAACGAGAAGCAGCAAACUAGGAGCAGCCUGUGCAGCCAGCACCGGCACCGUCUGGCGUACCAAGUCAGACCCGGAGCAGUGAACCGACAGCGCUACAAGGAGCGCACAACAAACAAGAAAUAUUUUUUUUAAUGCACUGCGUUGCAUUAUUAAUGUACUGCGUUACAUUAUAGUUAUAAACGACUUUAUGUAAAAUUGAGAUGAACCUUUUCUGCCCAAUUAGAAGUGUAGCCCGUAAAGCUAUACAGAAUAAUAGGUAGGAAAACCUGUAAAAUUAGAUGCAAAGUAAUGCAAUAAGUAAAUAUUCUAAAGAAACGGGCAACUAUAAUUAUAUUCCAAAUACAAUUAUUUCAAAAAUGGCAAUAGUUGACGUUAAUUCGGUGGACUCCACUACCAACGGUAUUAAUAAAGUAGAGCAAAACAAUAUUAACUUAGAAUUAAUACACACAUUAUUAAUAAUAAUUGUUGUCAUAAUGUGUGCAACUUGUUUUUAUAAAUUAUAUAAAUUACAUAAUAAAUGUCUGAAGAAAAAAUAUAUGAGCCAGGCAAA